AUGUCGUGGGUUGUUCUUUUCUUGCUCCUGGGCAUCAACGUACACAAUCAGUGGACGAGGGCUAUGGUAUACUACCUUGUGAGCUUCAAGAUCCCCAAAACAGAGGACAACGCGAACAAGUAUAUGAACAUCGACUUGAACUUCGAGGAAGAGCAGUACAGCAUCCUUGCAUCCUUCGGAUUCACUGCUCUCUACACGUUCUGCAGUCUCAUCGCUGGCCGAGCAAGCGACAAGGGCAACAGAGCCUUCAUCGUCCUGGUGGCGGCAGCGGGUUGGUCCCUCGCAACGGCAGGGCAAGGGAUCUCGAGGAGCUUCGAGCAGGUGCUCGCGUUCCGCUCGCUCAUGGGAGUGUCGCAAGCGUUCACGAACCCUCCUGCCUACGGGCUCAUCGCGUCCUCCUUCCCCGAGUCUCAGAUCGCCACUGCCAACUCCGUCUUCGCCUCCGCCGUCUACAUCGGCGGAGCUCUGGCGUCCUUGAGUAUCCUCGCAGAUCAGCAGGUGGGGUGGAGGAUGACGUGCCUGGGCUCAGGAGCGCUGGGCUGCCUCCUCGCUGCAGGAGGAGCCUUCUUCCUCCGAGACCCGCGCAUGAAGAGGGAGGAUGGUGGGCAGCUGAACGAGCAGACGAUGUUGCUGGGCAGCAGAGAGGAGCAGGAGGAGGUGGAGGAGGCAGCGAGUAGCUCUUUCAACUUUCAGAAGCAGAUGAGGGAAGGGCUGGAGGCAAUCAAAGGAGUUCUUUCCAUCCCCUCCGUCCAGGUGCUGUUUGCAGCCUCUGCCGUCAGGUUCUGCGCAGGCUACGGCAUUGGGGUUUGGAAAGCUCCGCUGUAUCGGGAGCUUUUCCCUUCCUCUGAGAGCGAAUUCUCCGUGGCCAAUGCCUUUGUCAUCUCCUGUGGAGGGGUCCUCUCCUCCCUUCUUGGAGGGGUCCUUGCUGAUCGACUGGCUCCGCACGACUACGGAAAGAAGCUUCUGAUCCCAGCUGUCGGCAGCAUCCUUGCCGUCCCCUUCUGGAUUGGAGCAUGCAAGGCUGACAGCAUCUCCCUCCUCUUCCUCGAGUACAUCGUUGCUGAGUGCUGGUUCGGCCCCACCCUCGCCGCGCUCUUCAAGAGUGUUCCGCGAGAAAUUCAGGGGACAGCGCAGGGGCUGUUCUCUGUGCUGGGUGCAAUCGGGAACAUCAUGCCAGUGGUGAUAGGAAGGUGA